AUGGAUCUCCUGCAGACAUCGGCUGGCCAGACUUGGGAGCAACCCCCAUCGGCAGAUGAGCAACAUGACGAGCACAUUGAGGAGCACCUCGAGGAGCGUCCACGAAAGAAACGUCGCAAGUAUAUCGCUCGAGCUUGCAAUGAAUGCAAGCGUCGCAAAAUUAAAUGCAAUGGUCAAGCGCCCUGCCAUCGAUGUGGUCGACAGCAGAUCGAAUGUGUCUACGUGGAGAAUCCUCGACGGGACAGCCUGAGUGAAAAUGAACAAUUUGAGCGAUUAUUUGAUCAGAUCAGGUCAAUGCAAGAUCAGAUUAUGUCUCUAACAGCGACGGUGCGGUCAAUGGCGCACAAUGAGAGUCCGCCCGUUGGCGGGACCCGUUCAAGUGUGGUUGGGCCAGCGACGGGGUCAUAUGGACUCUUGCCAUCUCAGCGUGCUUUGCGACGCGUCUCAACCGCGAGAGAGGCCCCUUUUCAAGGUCCGACCACCUCAGGAUUCAGCUUCGAUCUUGCCAAGUCCAGUUUGCUCCAGCGAGGCAUCGUGGAGCGAAAUGAUCCGGGAGAAGAAGCUGAAGGCGAUUUGACUCAGGAGCCUUCGCCUUUAGCUUCACCAAGUGCCCCGAACCGAGACUCGGAGCUUCGUCAUGCAGUGGACCCACUCUGGGCGCUGCCGAAGAAUGAAGCUCUGCGACUAUGUCGAAUCUAUGAAGAAGAGAUGGGGAUCAUGUACCCGGUGCUGGAACUUUCCGAGCUUUUGGAACAGGUGCACCUUCUCUAUGGCUUGAUGGAUCGCACACUCGAGCCUGAAACACCGGAAACUGGGAAAAGCACGUUGGAUCGAGAGGAUGUCUAUAUUCUUCGAUUGGUAUUUGCAUGCGCGUUGACGGCCGAGGCCAGUGGUCGCAGUGAGCAAGCUAUUGCCCUGUUUGACAGCGUUCGCGAGGUCCAGGACAAUUGUGUAUGGGGUCCACCAGAGAUCAAAUCUAUCAUCUUCUUGACACUUGUGUCCAUCUUCUAUUUCCAAAUGGACGAAGAAACCUUGGCAUGGCGGACGAUUGGAAUCGUGGAGCGCAUGUGCUUAGAGAAAGGCCUCCACCGACGAGAAACACUCAAUCAACCAGGAAUCGUGGCCGCAGGCAGAGAUCGAGUGUUGCGACUAUUCUGGUCAAUUUAUAUUCUUGACAUGCGCUGGAGCUUUGGCACCGGGAUGCCGUUCGCACUGGAAGAUACAGAUAUUGACCCGUGGCUUCCAGAACCAGAAGAAAAGACGCCAUAUCUUCGCGUCAUGAUUCGGUAUAGUCGGAUCGCUGCUAAGGUCUGGAAAUUCAUUUCCGCCUUUAAUAAUACAAACGAAAUCAAAAAGGAAGAAAUGAACUAUUUGGAUUGGCAAGUAUUGCGCUGGGCUCACGCCAUCCCGGAAUCUCUACGACUGCAUCACCCCAGUACACCUGAGUCUAAUGCUGCAACCGAUAUCCCUCGUAGCCUGCGCAGACUACGAGCACUGCUCUAUCUCCGAGCCAACCAAUUACGCAUGCUCAUCUAUCGGCCGGUCCUUCACACAGCUGGUCACAUCGUCCGAUACCCCGGUGAAUCGGAGACAGUCGUUGAAAUCGCCAAGGACACUAUUCGAUUUAUUACGAGACUGAAUGAGACUUCGGAUAUUUACCAGCUUCAACAGGUGGCCUUCAAUUGGUUCUUGGUGUCUGCUCUGGCUGUCUUGUUCCUUGCGGUCGCACAGGCACCGACUCAAUUCAGUGGAUCAUGCAAGGAAGAAUUCUACUGGGCCUUGGAACUUGUGAAGGGGUUUUCUACCCAGUCUUACAUCUCGCGGCGUCUGUGGAAGUCAAUUCGGAGCCUGCGUAGACUUGGGCCCCAGUUGGGCCUGGUGGGCGCCCAGAAGCUUCGACGUGCUGACCCAGUCGUCGCUAAGCCUGGUGCUUCUGGGCCUUCUCAAAUACAGGAGUCCCCUGUGCCAGCCGCUGGCUCUAGUACCCAGAGCCAAACUCCUCUGGACGGAGCGCAAAUGACGCAGGAGCUGAUGGAGUGGUUUGAAGCUGUGGGUAGCCUUGAGGACCAGAUCAUGGGCGUUGGCCCUGGGCCCAUACCGGAUGAUGCCCCGUGGCAGCAGAUGCCAAAUGGUGCGUUUAUGUUCGAUUAUGGGGAGGAGUUGUCUAGUGUGAUGAAGGAUUGCUUUUAG